AUGAUGGCGAUGCUUUGGUGUGUUUUGGCGUGUGCGCUGUCGGCUGCGCACGCGCAGUCCAACUAUGGAUCGCAAGCGAACAAUAUCGAGUAUCAGGGGGAUGGGCUUCCUGAACAAACUAUUCUUGAUGGAAAAGUAACAAAAUUAGAUGACUUGAGUCCAGUCAUCUUUUUGAAUAGAACGAGAGCGACUCUUAAUUGUGCUGCAGGUUCUAUGCAGAUCGAACUAAAAUUCAAUGAGAAGUUCUACGGCAUCGCGUACGCCGACUUUGAUCGUCAUUCCGCGUGUCAAGUCGCGGGUAAAGGCGCCACUUCGUACAAACUAGAGCUACCAUUGAAAGGAUGCGGUACAAAACAGGAUCCUUUACGAGUAUUCACUAACAACAUAGUGGUGCGCUUCCAUCCCGGUCUAGAGAUGGAUGGGGAUGAAGUGAUCACAAUCGUAUGCCGCUAUCCGCCUCCAAUUGUGCCAGUUUUCCAUCCGUUUAUUCUUACGCCAGAAGCAACAGGACCAUUGCCAGCGAAAGCCCCAUUGGCUGGAACACAUAUUCUUAUGAUAAUUUGUGCCAUACUAUUCCUAACUCUACUACUCCUCGGCCUGGGAGUAUCAUACUUGUGUUUGAGAAGACGAGCUCUACCGGCUCCAAGAAGACUGAUUGAUGAUUCGUCUGCCUCUAUCAUUAGUAGGGAGAGUAUACAGGAAGUAAAAAUCCCCCGCGCCCACCCCGUGUACCCGGCGGAGAGCGCGUCUGUCGCGUCCGACACGCUCCCCUCCGACUACCCGUCGGAGACGCCCAGCGAGGCGGAGCACGCGCACACCAACCAAGGGUUCCUGGUUGAUGAGUACCAGAGCGAGGGUUACGGGGAAUCCCACGAGGCUUACUCACGUAUGCACGCACACGCAGGCGGCCCCGCCUUCGACGUGCGCGUGCGCGUGCAGCGCCCGCCCGCGCCGCCCUCGCCGGGCUCCACCAUCACCACUACUGAGGUGGACGGCGGCAGCAUGAGACAAACAGGACUAGAGGAGCACGAGCGUCAAGAGUCGCUCCGCACGGUGUCCCCCGGCGCGCUGCCGCUGCCGGCGCGCGCCGCGCACGCGCCGCCGCCGGAGCGCCCGCCGCGGCCGCCCGUGCUCUACAGUGAAGUUAGUCGCGAUAGACAGCACCAGGAGUGGGCGCGCCGCCCCCGCUCCAUCGCGUCGCUCAACACGGAGAUGACGGACACGCACUCCGUCACCGAAGUCACUGACAGGUCGCACGCGAGAAUGUUCCACAUCAAGAAACCGCCUCCUCCGCCGCCGGUCAUGACCGAGCGUCUGCAGACAGAGGAACAGGAGAUGUUGAUGGAGAGCCUCGAGCCCAUAUCUGAAACACCCAUCAUGCCGGCUAGAAAACCAGAAAUAACCUCCCACGUGGUAGAUGACGUGUUCCUAAGAACAAUAACCGAGAAGAAGACAAUAGAAGACAUCGAGCGUCACAAGCGUCUGGUUACAGAGUACCGCCAAGUUCCUCAAGCACCGCAGUUUGACGUAACCAUCCGUAACCACACGAUGCCCGAAGCUCAGUGGGAGAACUUCUCAGAUAUUAGCAGUGCUUCUGGCAUGACAUUGACUCCGAAGAUGGAAAGGGUCCCGUUGUCUUUGCCGCCUCAGAAGUUUAUUGGUAAAGGCGGUCCAGACCUUUUCUCUCCGGAACUAAUAAAGCAAACCGGCGCAGUGUACCCCCACCCUUCCUCCCCCGACCUCCCCCUGCUCCCCGAGCUCCCCCCCGCGCGCAACCCCCUCUACAGGGAGGAGGAUGAUGAAGACGUUCCCGAACCCAACCCCGCUCCACCCGUGCCCGCUAACUGGAGUGUUCUCACCAGGGUGUUGAAGACUGAAGCGCAAGAUGAGGUGCUAUCAGAAACAGAGCGCGCGUACCGUCUCACCCGGUCGGAGCGGCUCCGCUGGCGCGAGCUGAUCGCGCACGAGAGCACGCUGCGGCGGGAGCUGGCGCGCGCCAGCACGCGCGAGGAGUUCACGCGCGUGGCGCACGACCAUCGCUUCGCGCCGCUCUACGAGCCGCCCAAGUGGGAGGUCAUUAUACGGAUACUGGCACCGCCACCGGACAAGCCUAAGAAUCGCUACCGCAAGAAGACCGAGUGGGAGUCGCGGUCGCGGCGCUCGUCGCUGCCGACGCUGUACGAGUAUGACAGCGACGCGGCGUCGCUGCGGGAGCCGCCGCGCUCGCGCCGCUCCUCCUACCGCAGCGACCACGUCGACAUGCGGUCGAUGUCUGAGAUGAUGGUGGACUACGCGCGUGAGCAGGCCGACACGCACUCCGAGGUGUCCGCCGGCACGCUGCUGGGACGCUACUACGACGACGACAGCGACUCUGAACACCACUACCAUCAGAAUCCGUCGUGGCGCCACUCGCUGCACCGCAGCGCGAGCCAGCCGUCGCUGGCGCGCUCUACCGGCGAGCUGAUGGAGACGUGGGCGGCGCCCGACGGCGACCUCACGCCCACACCCGGGCGCAGGAUCAGAGGUGCUCAAGGGGUUACUACUUUCACGUCAUCUGAAGUUCGCACGUUCCAAGCGUCGAGGGAAUGGAAGGAA